CAGGCUCGAGAGAGUUAUGGGUGGCUCUUGCUACAGAUGAAGCAGAAGAGGAGGCUUCUGCUUCGGAGCAACAAGAGGACUGUGGAUGGUGGGUAGAGGACAUUGGUGGGAGGGCUUGAGAGCAUGGGGGUGGGUUUUGAGAGGAUGGAGGGUGGGCUCAAGAGUGUGGAGUGGGCUCGAGGGCAUGAGGGUGGAUUUUUGAGAGUGUGAAGAGUGGGCUCAAGAGAGUAUACUGGCAGCAGCAAAGAGUGUUAGCUUUAUAGGUGUAACUCGCUGAGCCAGAUAAUGCCAGCAACACAGCGUACACAUAACAGUACAGAUGGGAGGGAGAAAAGCAGCAGAGCUUGUCAUUGGUGUUUCAGGCAGCAGGGAAUCAAAUUCUACAGGUCAGUGAACAAUUUUCUCAUGACUGGCCCCAAGGCCUACCUUAUCUACUCAAGCAGUGUGGCUGCUGGAGCACAGAGUGGUAUUGAGGAGUGCAAAUAUCAGUUUGCCUGGGAUAGGUGGAACUGUCCUGAAAGAACCCUGCAGCUCUCCAGUCAUAGUGGGCUACGAAGUGAUUUGAACAUCCAUUCUACAGGAGCAUCUCCUGCAGGCAGCGGUCUCUAUGACACUGGACCUACUUCCCCAGUCUGGAGCAUUAAUUUCAAUCGGAUCCUCUUCUCUAGACUGGAAUCCCAUUUGAACAAGACCUUCUUAUCCCGUCUCCAGAUCCCAUUUCCACAGGGUCACACUGUGCAAUCUGCAACCUCCCUUUCUUCAGGAUUCAUUUCUCCAGCAAACCGGGAAACUGCUUUCGUCCAUGCAAUCAGCUCUGCUGGAGUCAUGUACACCCUAACAAGGAACUGCAGCCUUGGAGACUUUGACAAUUGUGGCUGUGAUGAUUCCAGGAAUGGACAACUUGGAGGACAAGGAUGGCUCUGGGGUGGAUGUAGUGACAAUGUGGGUUUUGGAGAGACUAUUUCCAAAGAGUUUGUAGAUGCACUGGAAACAGGACAAGACGCCAGGGCUGCUAUGAAUCUACAUAACAAUGAAGCAGGAAGAAAGUCAGUAAAGAGUACCAUGAAACGGACCUGCAAAUGUCAUGGUGUAUCCGGAAGUUGUACCACGCAGACCUGUUGGCUUCAGCUGCCAGAAUUCAGGGAGGUGGCAAAUUAUUUGAAAGAGAAAUAUCAUAAAGCCCUUAAAGUGGAUCUCUUCCAUGGAGCAAGCAACAGUGCCGCCAGUAGAGGAGCCAUUGCUGAAACUUUCAGAUCCAUUUCAAAAAAAGAAUUAGUACAUCUUGAAGAUUCCCCAGACUACUGCCUGGAGAACAAAACUUUGGGACUUCUGGGUACAGAGGGCAGAGAAUGUCUUAAAAGGGGCAAAGCACUCAGCAAGUGGGAGAAAAGAAGCUGCAGACGUCUUUGUGGUGACUGUGGUUUAGCUGUUGAGGAACGAAGAGCAGAUAUGGUGUCUAGCUGCAACUGCAAAUUUCAUUGGUGCUGUGCAGUCAAAUGCGAGCAGUGCAGGAAAAACGUCACCAAAUACUUUUGUGUCAAAAAAGAAAAACGUGAGCGGAGCGGAGGAGGCAUUUCCCGCAAGAAGGAAUCCAAGCUUAAGAAGAAACUUUAGACUAUUUUGAGCAUGAACUUUUUGUUUGAAAACAUAGCAUACAUCCAUGGACUGUGGGACUGCAACAAACCAGCCAGUGAAAGAAAGAAAAUCUUAUCUUAGA